AUGAUAUCAUUUUGCGCUCUUCUUUUAGUCACUGCCUCAUUUGGAAAAGUCCUGUCUAUAGCUAAGGACACUAAUGAGCUUAUAGAUCCAAUAAAAAUAUGCUCUCUUCCGCCUAACCCCGGUUAUGGAGAUUGCAGUGCGGAACCAACAAAUAAGUUCUAUUUUGACGUCUUCGAAUUGAAAUGCAAAGCCUUCCUGUUCUUGAACUGCAAAGGAGGUAAUCGCAAUAGAUUUGACUCCGAAAUUGAAUGUGUACGGGUUUGUCAUUAUACAGCUUGUCGUUCGGGUGAGAUUAUAGCUCUAUCGACGAACUCGACUCCAGUAAACUGCAAAUCUUCUAAGUGUCCUGAAAAUUACCGUUGUUCUUUCGACAAAGUGUUCAAACGACACAUCUGCUGCGGAUUUUCUAAUCUAGAUCGGUCUUGUCCUGACAAUUCGGUAUCUUACGCUUCUCCCACGGCACGUUCUGCCCUGAGCUGUUCCCCAUCACCUAGUACUAACAACUGUCCUGACGACUCCAUUUGUGUCAAGAAGGAAAAAACUGGGCAUUGUUGCAGGCCGGAGAAAGAUUUUUGUCCUAUUGGAAAGACCCCGCAGCUAGAUGCAUUGUCCCAUCGCCCGAUCAUAUGUAAUACAAUACAGAGCUUUUGCUCUGAAGGUUAUGAAUGCAUCGAUCCUUAUCGAGGAAGUCCAUGGGGGUACUGCUGUUCUGCUAAAGUCACAGGGCAAUGUCCAAAUGGGAACGUCCUCUACUUAGAUCCGGAGAACGGUCAACCAAAUGUUUGCACAGUUGGAGUGACGACAUGCAGAAGCGGCUAUAGCUGUCAAAGCAUAAAUCACUCCAUUGUUGGAUUCUGCUGCAAAGACCCAAGAAAAAGCAAAAACGAUAUCAUCCACAAGAAGCCAACAAAGUCCGAAAAUCAAAAUCUAGUUACCAAACAUCUCGCUGACGACAGCUUGACCGUUGGAAAUCACCUCGAUAGCAGCUCUGCUGCACACCUGGUCCAUACCUAUGCCUACGACCUGAUGACUGUGUUGUCUUGCCCGUAUGAGCUCAUUCCCUCAUACAUGGCCAACUCGCAGAUAAUCAUGGAGUGUACAAAAACUGAUGAGAUAACAAAUUCUUGUCCAGCACCAGCUAAAUGUGUCAAAGCGCCGCGAGAUGUACUCAAACGUUCCGUAUGCUGCUCUAGUACCAUGCCUCCCAGACCGUCAGAUAUUGUAUGA